AAUGUUUGGAACAAACAUAGAGUGCAUGGAUAUCGUUCUAAUAUGAUUUUGUGGAAUAAUAUAAAUAAUAUUCAUUUAAAUGGUAUAUGUUUAUUGAAUAAACAGUUUUAAUACUCAAAAUUAUGGCUUGUUGAGCCAAGAGUAUUGUGUUAAUAUAAAAUAAUAUAAAACAGAUAUACUAGGUAUAAUCAAUAUAAACAGGUUAAACACGACAAUAGUAACAUUCGUUUAUGCAAGUCUGAUUUUUCAUUCGAAUUUAAUAUAUUAUAAAAAAAUUGAAACACGAAUAUUAACUGGACAUUCAAGAAAUUAUCUUGUAUCAAGUGGAAAAUUUUUUUUAUAGCUUAUGCAAAUGUUUUAUAAAAGAUAAAAACAGUAUUUAUUGUUUAUAAUAUUAUUUAUAAAAACAAUAUUAUAUUAUUUGUGACUAUUAACAAGUUUCUACUACUCAAUGAUGGAAAAUAAUAUGACAGAAGAACAAAAAAGAUUUUUAGAAGAAUGUGAAAUUGAAUUUAAAGAUCGUUUUACUGAAAACGAUAUUGAAUUCAUGAAAAUUAAAAGAGCAAUACCAAAGAAACCACCAAUUGUAGAUCCAUGGUACAAUAAACCACGUAAGCAACCGUAUGAUUGGGGUCAACAAAAUCAGGGACAUGGAAGUCGCAAUCAUAAUUGGGAUCGUAGAAGUCUUGAAAGAGGUGAUAGAUAUGAUCGUCAUGAUGGAAAACAUUAUGUUCAUUAUCAUAAUACGAAGCCAUAUUAAAGUCAACAUAUUACAUUUAUACUUUCUUAUCAUAUAUUUUGUACAUAUAUUAUACAUCAAUUAUAUCAUAGAUUGUAAAUUAAAUAUAAUGUUUGCUAAUGUCUGUAAUAAGAGUAAUAACACUUUAAAAUCAAUAGAGAAAUACAUAAUUUUUUGCUUAAUGCUUACAAGGUA